CAGCAACACAGACCUAUUUUAUCGACAUGUUGAAAUUGGUGGUGUUGUUCGCCGUCGUGGCCGUCGCAGUAGCCAAACCCAGCGGGUGGUUACACAGCGCUCCUGUGGUGCAAUCCUACAGCCUACCGGUGGUAGCAGUACCGUCGGCGGUCAGUCACUCCUACAGGAAAGACGUCAUCAGCAAGCCUGUGAUAGCUGCUUACUCGGCGCCAGCUAUUGUAGCCGCUCCUGUUGUCCACAAGAUUGUUCCUGCUGCGGUUAGCUACAGUCACAGGAGCGAUGUCAUCAGCAAGCCCGUCGUGGCUGCUUACAGUGCUCCUGUUUGGGCGUACUCUGCUCACGUGCCGGCCGUGCACGCUUGGUGAAGAGUAACUGUUUAAUAUAAUUUGUACUUAUUUACUUUUAUAAAAUGGAAUAAUA